AGGAAUAUGUUAUCCGAGUUACACGGCAAUGCAUUUCUGACGCUUGCACCGUGUAGGACCGUGCAUCACAAAAUCAACUAUGAGAAGACCAGCACCUGACCCCAUUUACAGCCUAAGAGGCUCAAGUAGUGCACUGUCGUUCUUGAAGUUUCAGGGCAAUGAGACACUGUAUUCAGGAAACUAUGAUGGAGCUGUUUUUGAAUGGUCCAUGGAGACGCGGAGAGUUGUCAGCAACUUCUCAGCUCACCCAGGUCAUUCUAUCCUAUAUCUGGACUUCAGCAAUGAUUCACACUUGAUAACCCAUGGAAGAGAUGGUCUGGUAAAAAUAUGGGCAAAGAAUGAGACAGGCAUGAGGCAGAAUGGUGAACUAAAAUGCUCUGACACUGGGUUCUGUGGAAGUUGUUUAUUAGCUGAUGGAACACUUGCUGUACCAGGCUUCAACCAAUCAGAAGUGGAUGUGUAUGACCUUAACACUGUGAAAGUCAUUUCUCAGCUUAAGCAUGACAAUUCAAACAAAAAAUGUGGAAUGUGUAUGAAAAUCAAAAGAUUUGAGGACUGUGAAAAACGAGAACUUCUCACAGGCUAUGAAGACGGCAGUGUUGCGUUAUGGGACCUUAGACAAAAUAAAAUUGUUGACAAGUUAAAUGUGCACACAGACCCUGUUAUGUGCAUGGACUUCUGUUCUGUACUUAACAAAGGUUAUUCAGGCUCAGUAACUGACGACCUGUAUUCAUGGACUUUAUUUGGUGAUAAAAUUAAUCUAAGUGUUUCAGUGAAAACUAAGAAUCCAGGAUUUAAUGAUAUAUUGGUGAGAAAAGAUGGUAAAAUGGUAGUAUUUGCUGGUUGGGAUGGAAGUGUUAGAAUAUUCGGUGCUAAAAAGUUGAAACCUUUAGCUGUUCUAAAUUACCAUAAGGAAAGUGUUUAUUGUUUAGCAUUCUCGGAGGACAAUAUUUUAGCAUGUGGUUCUAAAGAUAAGCAGAUUACUUUGUGGGAUAUUUACAGAUGAGACAACUAUAUAUGGCAUACAUUGCACUAGGUGCUUUACAAGUUACUUUGGGUGUAAAAUUCUUCCAUAUGAGGUAGCCAUGUAUCUGGCUUAGGGAAAGUUGGUGAUUAUAUCUAGCUAACUGCCCAUGAUGGUAAUAUUGAGUCUUCUGUUUUUCAGCGCUGAACAAUAUUUUGCAGCUUUGUAGCUCUCCUCUGAAACAAUGUGUUGGAAGUUGAUGAAACUUGGCCUUGAUGUUCUUUUGGUGUUCUUCUUCCAAAAUUAUUCAAACAGUCUGCUUGGUUAUACAUAAGGGCAACCACAGCUAAAAAUAGAAAAAUCUCCUAAAGGACAUCUAAACCGCUAAUCUGAUUUUAAAAUAACUUCACACAAACAGUCCCUAUGAAAGCCUUUACCAAGAUUGUUCGAAUUCAGAUUUGUCAAAAAACUUGGCUGCCAAGGGGCUUGGUCACUUUUUAUCUCGCGUAGGGACGUAUUAUGUUAUGAUGCCGGUGUCCAUCUGUCUGUCUGUCCAUUAGCAAUUUCAUGUCCGCUCUGUACCGGUAACUCUGUUCAUCAUAUCGAGAGGAUGUGCAGAACGCAUGUUCUGGAUGGCUCGCUUCAAGGUCAAGGGCGUAUUAAGGGGUCAAAGGUCAUAUGACUUUGUUUCGUGUCUGUAUUGUAACUCUUGAACUGCUUGAAGGAUUUUAAAGAAACUUUGCACAAAUGUUCACUACAUCAAGACGAUGUGCAGAGCACAUGUUUUGGAUGGCUCACUUCAAGGUCACACUUAGGGGUCAAAGGUCAUCCCCCUUGAAGGAUUUUGAAGAAACUUUACACAAAUGUUCACCACAUCUAGACAGUGUGCAGAGCACAUGUUCUGGAUAGCUCCCUUCCAUAUAACUAUGGACUGAUUUUAUGUCAAAUUACCGCCCUUUAUUUCAAAUUAAAAUGGGUAUAUCUCCAUAACUAAUGAAGAUACUGAUCUGAAAUUUCAUUUAUGUCAACAGAUGGACUUGGACAAUCAGUGAAGAUACAUAUUGACUGAAUUUAUGACAAAUUACCUCCCUUUAUUUUUUAUCUAAAUGAAUGCACCUUAGCAGCUUCUGUAUUAAUAAUGAGAUUGGUAUGAAACGUUAUUUAUGUCUUCCAUGGUAAGAAAUAGUCAUAUUAGAUAACUCUUGAUUGAACAUUUAUCGAUAUGAAUACUUAACUAAUAUAUUGUUGUAUAGGCUUGUACUUUUAUCUUCUACAUGCAUAUACCAAUGCAUGAUUACCUCCCCUGAUUUUUAGCUCACCUGUCACAAAGUGAAAAGGUGAGCUUUUGUGAUCGUGCGGUGUCCGUCGUCCGUCCGUGCGUGCGUGCGUCAGUAAACUUUUGCUUGUGACCACUCUAGAGGUCACAUUUUUCAUUGGAUCUUUAUGAAAGUUGGUCAGAAUGUUCAUCUUGAUAAUAUCUAGGUCAAGUUCGAAACUGGGUCACGUGCCUUCAAAAACUAGGUCAGUAGGUCUAAAAAUAGAAAAACCUUGUGACCUCUCUAGAGGCUAUAUAUUUCACAAGAUCUUCAUGAAAAUUGGUCAGAAUGUUCACCUUGAUGAUAUCUAGGUCAAGUUCGAAACUGGGUCACUUGCCAUCAAAAACUAGGUCAGUAGGUCUAAAAAUAGAAAAACCUUGUGACCUCUCUAGAGGCCAAAUAUUUCACAAGAUCUUCAUGAAAAUUGGUCAGAACGUUCACCUUGAUGAUAUCUAGGUCAAGUUCGAAACUGGGUUACGUGCCGACAAAAACUAGGUCAGUAGGUCAAAUAAUAGAAAAACUUUGUGACCUCUCUAAAGGCCAUAUUUUUCAUGGGAUCUGUAUGAAAGUUGGUCUGAAUGUUCAUCUUGAUGUUAUCUAGGUCAAGUUCGAAACUGGGUCAUGUGCGGUCAAAAACUAGGUCAGUAGGUCAAAUAAUAGAAAAACUUUGUGACCUCUCUAAAGGCCAUAUUUUUCAUGGGAUCUGUAUGAAAGUUGGUCUGAAUGUUCAUCUUGAUGUUAUCUAGGUCAAGUUCGAAACUGGGUCACAUGCGGUCAAAAACUAGGUCAGUAGGUCUAAAAAUAGAAAAACCUUGUGACCUCUCUAGAGGCCAUAUAUUUCAUGAGAUCUUCAUAAAAAUUGGUCAGAAUGUUCACCUUGAUGAUAUCUAGGUCAAGUUCGAAAGUGGGUCAUAUGCCUUCAAAAACUAGGUCAGUAGGUCAAAUAAUAGAAAAACCUUGUGACCUCUCUAGAGGCCAUAUUUUUCAUGGGAUCUGUAUGAAAGUUGGUCUGAAUGUUCAUCUUGAUGAUAUCUAGGUCAAGUUCGAAAGUGGAUCAUGUGCCAUCAAAAACUAGGUCAGUAGGUCAAAUAAUAGAAAAACCUUGUGACCUCUCUAAAGGCCAUAUUUUUCAUGGGAUCUGUAUGAAAAUUGGUCUGAAUGUUCAUCUUGUUGAUAUCUAGGUCAAGUUUGAAAUAGGGUCAUGUGCGGACAAAAACUAGGUCAGCAGGUCUAAAAAUAGAAAAACCUUGUGACCUCUCUAGAGGCCAUACUUGUGAAUGGAUCUCCAUUUAAAUUGGUCAAAAUGUUCACCUUGAUGAUAUCUAGGUCAGGCUUGAAACUGGGUCACAUGCCUUAAAAAACUAGGUGAGUAGGUCAAAUAAUAAAAAAACCUUGUGACCUCUCUAGAGGCCAUACUUUUCAUGGGAUCUGUAUGAAAGUUGGCCUGAAUGUUCAUGAUGAUAUCUAGGUCAAGUUUGAAACUGGGUCAACUGCGGUCAAAAACUAGGUCAGUAGGUCUAAAAUUAUUAAAAUCUUUUGACCACUCUAGAGGCCAUAUUUUUCAAUGGAUCUUCAUGAAAAUUGAUCUGAAUGUUCACCUUGAUGAUAUCUAGGUCAGUUUCGAAACUGGUUCACAUACGGUCAAAAACUAGGCCAGUAGGUAUAAAAAUAGAAAAACCUUGUGACCUCUCUAGAGGCCAUAUUUUUCAUGAGAUCUUCAUGAAAGUUAGUGAGAAUUUUCACCUUGAUGAUAUCUAGGUAAAGUUCAAAACAGGGUCACGUUUCUUCGAAAACUAGGUCAAUAGGUCAAAUAAUAGAAAAACCUUGUGACCUUUGUAGAGACCAUAUUUUUCAAUGGAUCUUCAUGAAAAUUGGUCAGAAUUUUUAUCUUGAUAAUAUCUAGGUCAAGUUUAAAACUGGGUCACGUGAGCUCAAAAACUAGGUCACUAUGUCAAAUAAUGACGUCAUACUCAAAACUGGGUCAUGUGGGAAGAGGUGAGCGAUUCAGGACCAUCAUGGUCCUCUUGUUUAAUAAAAGUGGAUUUAUCUUGGUAAAUAUUUAUAGUCUAACUCAUUUGAAAUUCCAUUAUUGUCUUUAGUUGGACUGAGGCAAUCAGGGUAGAUAGCUAUGGACUGAUUUUAUGUCAAAUAUUACCUCCCUUUGUUUCAAAUUAAAAGGGGUGUAUCUGAGUAACCAAUGAAGAUACUGAUUUGAAAUAUCAUUUGUGCCAUUAGAUGGACUCAGACAAUCAGGGUAGAUAACUUUUGACUGAAUUUAUGACAAAUUUACUCCCUUUAUUUUAUGUAAACGAAUAUAUAUCAGUAGCAUCUAAUGAGAUUGGUUUUAAAUGUUAUUUAAGUCUUCCAGGGUAAGGAAUAGUCAUGUUAGUACAAAAAUGCAGCAUUUUAGCCUAGGACCCUCAAACUUGGUAUGGAAAUUGGCCCUGACUAGGUCAAAAGGGACUGUUACAAGAAAAUGUUUAUCCUGAUGAUAUUUAAUGUGUAUCCCUAUGUGCUCUAUGUCAAAACUUGAUCAUAUCAUUUUGAGCAGUGGUACUCAGGUGAGCGAUACAGGGCCAUCAUGGCCCUCUUGUUAUAUGUCCGUUUAAAAAAACCCAGACAUAUUAUGUCAUGGCGCGUGCGUCUGUCUGUCCAUCCAUCAUAAUUUGUGUAGGGAGCAUAACUUUAUAACCAUAGAAUGUAUUGGCUGUAAACUUGGGAUAUAGGUACAUGGCGAUAAGACGAUUUGCAGAGCACUUGAACUGGCUCUGUAGGUCAAAGGUCAAGGUCACACACUGAGCUAAAAGGUCAAAACUGUCCAUCAUAUUUCGUGCCCAGAGCACAACUAAAUAAUCAUGCAAGAUAUUGACUUCAGUCUUGGCGUGUAGGUAGAUUGUGUUGAGACGAUGUGCAGAGCAAUUGAAACAGCUCUGUAUGUAAAGGUCAAGGUCAAAAUUUGAGCUGAAAGGUCAUAUUUGUCUGUCAUAUUUUGUGUUCAGAGCGUAACUUAUUAACCAUUCAAAGAAUUGACUUAAGACUAGAGAUGUAGGUAGGUGAGAAUGUGACGAUAUGCAGAGUGCAUGAACAAGGGUGGUAGGUCAGAGGUCAAGGUUACAGCAAGGGCAAAUCUGCCCAUCAUAUUUUGUGUCCAGAGUUUUAAAGGUAUUGACUUGAAACUUGGAAUAUAGGCAGGUGGUGAUGAGACGAUGUGCAGACUGCACCAAUCUGCAUCAGUUGAUAUCAGUUUGCUGAUGACACUAUGUACCUGCGCAGUUUGGCAAGCCCAGUUUUCCCUGUGAGCCUCUGGCAAAUGUACAUAUAUACAGUUACAAAACAGAAAUAAUGAAUCAUAAAUCAACAAAUCAACAAAUAAACAAACAAUAAAGCAACAGUUAUGCAAAAUACCGUCCGUCUGCACUUAUAAGACUAUUCGCCUAUAAGACGAGACCCAAACUUUGAUCCCAAAAUAAUAACUUUAAACAACUUCUUAUGAACAGUUUGAUGGAUCUUCAUCAAACUUGUUCUGUAGGGUCAUUGUAAGCUCUUCUCCCAAAUUGUUUAGAUCUAGUGAUUGAAAUUUCAACUGAACAAAGCUAGGUUCUUCUCCCAACUGAAGAGCUAAUUUGUUUACUUCUAAAAAUAUGUCAAGUAUAUUUUUGAGGCCUGAAAAAGGGGUUACCGAAUCACAAUAUUUUAAUAGUACCAUGUUUCCAGACAGCAAGUUGUCAUUUUAAAUAACCUUGUUCAUUCAUGUUGAGAUUUUUAAAUCAUGAAAAUCCUUAAAUUAUUAAAAUCAUUCACAUACAAUUUUACCUUUGUUUUAUCUAGGUUACAAUGUACUUAAUUCAUUUCCCACUUGAGAGGAUUUCAUGCUUUCCACAAAUUGAGAUAAUCUACACUUCACCUUGAAAACCAAUGGAAAUCCUUCACUAAAUUAUCAAUGCUAUAUUUCUAAGUGUUUAGUAAAAGUCUUGUCUGCUUACCGCAAAUUACAUGUAAACCUGUAGAUUUAAUUUCGGGACCCCACAGAAAUAAUGCACAUUGACAACGUGUCACUUCCAACUUCCCCAAAAUGUAUUCAUGCUGUUUGAGAGAAGACGAAAUGAAAUGUAGCAUUCCUUGUCAAAUACUUACAGCAAAUGUUGUGGCUUCACUGUGUUGUUGAAAAUCAAGCGUUCAGUUGAUCGGCAACAGAUAAUCAAAUUAACAACAGAAAUAAAGCGAUUACAAGAACGUCCGGUUUGGUGGUUGUAACCAGUAGCAUCCAUCAUUAUAAGAUCAUAUCCCAUAUUUAGCUAACCUGAGCCAAAGGCUCAUGGUGAGCUUUUGUGUCCAUCGUCCAUCAUGCGUCAUCCGUCUGUCAGCAGUUUCUAUAUCUGAAUAAGUAACAGUAUAUAAUCUAAAUGGGUAUCAUUGUAUUUUAUUUCAACAUGUUGUAUUCUCCUGGGGACUACUGAUACCCUUCACUACCACAUUGUUAUAAACGUAAAUACUGCAAUAUUUGUGUGUACCUGCAGAAGAAAGCUGCAUCAGUAUCAUACAUUAAUGGAAUGUCCAACAAAUAAACUAAAAAAACUAGUGUCAGUGCAUGGGUAUCCUGGUUGUAGUGUCAUCUGCUGCAAACAACAAAAGCAAGCAGAUCAAUUGUCAUAUCUGUGCUAAUAACAAGUAGGAGGUGCCUGUUAAGUUGUAAGUGAUAAUACAUGUUUUUAUUGACAAGAAAGAGCAAAUCAGAAUUUUUUAGUAUAAGACAUAUUCAUUAAGAUCUGUAGUGAAUGAAUUAUCUUAUCAUUUAAUCAGUUAAUGCUACAAAUUGACACGACUUCUGUGUUUUCAUUGCAACACGCUGCACAAAAUGCAAAAUUGUGUUGAUACUAUAAACACCUUAUUGACAUUUGCAAUUUGAAAAUAAGACUAGUGGUUUUCUAAAAUGUCUAUACAAUGUUUUGGAAUAUGUUUACUAAGUAUUUCGACAUUAAAAGACUCGCACUAAAUCCAGAAUAUAUACAGGACAAUUUGGAGAAAAUAUGCUGGAACGCUUUCUUCGUAAUGUAUUUUGAUUCUCAUGAAAAAUUUAAUUUCUGUAACUACAUGAAUAAAGAUAGAUAGUAUUACAGUGGACAUGUAUUAAGAGACUGCUCAAGGCACUGCUAAAAAGUGGUCUCUUAAUGAAUUUAAGUCAUGUAAGAGAAAAGAUAUGAUGGAUUUUUGAUUGAUCUUCAUCAAACUUGCACUGUAGCAUCACUGUUAGGUCCUCUCACAGAUUUUUCAAAUGGGGACUUUGGCCCCUUUUAAGGGCAGGUGGAGCUAAAACUAGAAAAAAAUCUUUAAACAACUUCUCAUAAAAGGCUUGAUAGAUCCGCAUUAAACUUGGUCUGUAGAAUCAUUGUAAGGUCCUCCCUCAAGCAGUACAAAAAGGGGCACUUGGCCACUUAAUGGUGCUAGAGCAAAAAACAGAAAACCUUUUAAUUACUUCUCAUGACUGUGUAGUUGAAAAUUCAUCAAACCAUGACCGUGGUGUCAUUUUAAAGUCCUCUCCCAAAUUUGUUUAAAUGGGGGCAUUAGACUUAAGAAUAGAAGAACAUUUAAACAAUUUUCUCCCAUGAACUGCUUGCUGCACCUUCAUCAAAAUUGGUAUGUAGAAUGAACUGCUUGCUGCACCUUCAUCAAAAUUGGUAUGUAGAAUCAUUUUAAGGUCCUCUCUCAAAUUUGUGCUAAUGGGGACACUUGACCUGUUUUAUGUUUUUGUAUGCUAACACAGAUAUUACCAUUCAUGAUUCAGUAUGUUAUACAUGUAUUCAUGGUUAAAUAGUCAAGGUACUUUUUAAAGAACUUUUCAUUUAUUUUAAUAUAAAUAUAAGCAAUAUUAAUAAAUCAUUAUAGAUAAAUCUGAUUUCAGAGUAAAUAAUCCCUGAAUUAACUAUGUUUUAAUAAUGAAUGUUAGUCAGCUUGCUCUGUUUCAGUAGCACCACCUGUAGUGAUAACUCUGCGGCACCCAGGACUAGGGCUUUUAAAGACAUAUACUUUCACAGAAUGAUGUUUUGAACAUAGCCAGCCUUGUAUACAUACUUUUACAGUAAACAGGUUGUUGUGAUAAAUGCAGUAGCCAUACAGCAGACCGUUCUGCUAAUUCUCAAAUGUAUAUGAAAUGAAGCAGUAGUUGUUGAAAGUAACAAGAGUAGGCACUCUUAUUUCAUACUGUUUUCUGUUUAAAUAUUUUCUCCCAUUUAUUACACUGCAGCAUUGUUAUAUCUAACACAUAUGCACCCAUUAGCUUUACCUUCUGAGAAAGUGGAUUGAGAGAGGAAGCAGAAUUGUCAGUUUCCAUCCAGUCCAAUGAUUUGGAUGUAGUCAUAGUAAAAUUCACUGUUUGCUUGCUUUGAUACCAAUUACUAUUCCAAUAAUUGUCAUGUCAUACAAGCCCCACACCAAAGUUACAUCAUUAGAGAUUCUCUAUUUUUCAGAGAAAUCAUAGAAUUUUCACUCUGCUUGCAGCACCUAUCUCAUUCUCUUCUAUAUUUUUUCAAUCCUUUUAUAACUUCACUUUGAUACAUACCGAGAAAUCUACCCAUACCUAUUAUCUUUUGAAACAAAAAGAAUAUUGUAAUGGCAAGGUUUUGUAGAAUCUAUUUGUAUACUUUAGCUUAUAUACUUUAGCUGCUGUGUGCCAUUUAAUCAAUUAUUAAAGUUGACAUCAUAAUUUAAAGUAAAAUGGUCCAUCAGUCUACACCGUAGUAAGUUCUUGCAUACCCAGUAACUGUUGUUUCACAUGUUUUUACAUUGUAUUUGUAUAAUUAUGAUGAUUUGAAAGUGAGUUCAAAAAUUGUUUCAUUUAUGAAUGUAAACUUUAUCUUUGAAAAAAUAAUCUGACCCCUGCGUCAAAUAAAAAUCAAAAUAUCAA